AAUGAAGUUGUCAGACUCGUCAAACCCAGCAGCUCGUUUUAAAGUUAGCACGUUCGAGUCCACAGAGCCUCACAGGGAACCUGUUCAGCUGUGAUGACUUCCUGUGGACGACCUGGAGCUGCACUUGGCACACAUUAGAGAAACACCGGAUAACGUUACAGACAUUUUAAAGUAAGACUGGGCUUGGAUUAUUUUUCUCCCAUCAUGCCUUUUCCUUUCGGGAAGUCGCCGAAGAGUCCAGCUGAAAUAGUGAGGAGUUUGAAAGAAAAUGUGGCGUACAUGGAAAAACUGGACCCCGGAGACAGCAAAAAGUGUGAAAAGGUUGCAGAGGAAGUGUCCAAAAACCUGGCUUCCCUGAAGGAGGUGUUGUCUGGAACCGGUGACAAAGAGCCUCAGACUGAGGCAGUGGCUCAACUUGCACAAGAGCUCUACAACACCAACCUGCUCAUCGCUCUCAUUGUAAAUCUGCACAAGAUUGAUUUUGAGGGGAAGAAGGAUGUGGUUCACUUGUUUAGCAAUAUAGUGAGACGUCAGAUUGGCUCCCGCACACCCACAGUAGAAUACAUCUCUACACACCCACAGAUCCUCUUUAUGCUUCUAAAAGGAUAUGAGAGUGCAGAAGUGGCUUUGAACUGUGGUAUGAUGCUGAGAGAGUGCUUACGUCAUGAGCCUUUGGCACGGACAGUGCUCUUCUCUGAAGACUUCUACUGCUUUUUCCGUUUUGUGGAGCUUUCAACCUUUGACGUCGCCUCAGAUGCUUUUGCAUCGUUCAAGGAUCUUCUCACAAGACACAAGAUUAUGUGUGCAGAUUUCCUGGAAAACAAUUAUGACAGGGUCUUUACAGAAUAUGAGACACUCCUGCAUUCAGACAACUACGUCACCAAGCGGCAGUCUUUGAAGCUCCUUGGGGAACUCCUCUUGGACAGACACAAUUUCACCGUCAUGACAAAGUACAUCAGUCAAGCAGGGAACUUGAAGCUGAUGAUGAACCUGUUAAGAGACAACAGCCGGAACAUCCAGUUUGAAGCCUUCCAUGUCUUUAAGGUGUUUGUUGCAAACCCUAACAAGACCCAGCCCGUGUUGGACAUACUGCUGAAAAACCAGACCAAGCUGGUGGACUUCCUGAGCCAUUUUCAAACUGACAGGUCUGAGGAUGAGCAGUUCUGUGAUGAAAAGAACUAUCUGAUUAAGCAGAUACGAGACUUGAAGAGGUCCACAGCACCAGAGGAAACUUAAUGUGGCUUCUCCAUCAGGUGGUAGAUGUAAUGAUGGUGUCUCAGUCUUCAGUGUGCCGUCAGUCUAAAUGUCAUUAACUUCAGAAUGCAGAUGAGAGUAAAUACUUCCUUCACUUUCUGCCUUUAGUGUGUAAGUGACUUCCUCCUUACAACCUGAGUGGGGCCGAUUUCUGUUCUUUAAACGUCUGCUGCUUUAAUCAUUAUCAAAUGCAUCUCCUCACUUUGUCAUUUGGACCUUAAACUAUGAACCAUUUUGUUUCACUCACUAUUUUCAGCAGCAGCAUAAAUGCUGAGACUUUCAUAUUUACCUUCAGAAUUUUUUCUUUAGCUUAAAAAAAGCUGGGGAUGUCUUUUUUUUUUUUUUUUUUUUUAUUGCAUGUUUUGGUGAACAGUUUAAAACAUACAUUAUCUUCUUUCUUUCUCUGAACGCUGCUUAGUCUAACUUGAGUUUCAGCAACCUGUAGAUCCUGAUCAAGCACUGGGAAAUUUGACCUUUUAAACAUCAAAAAUAAUUUGCCCCUUUUGAUCAGUCAGUGUGCUGGCGUCAAUAUUGGGGUGUUUUUCCACAAGGCUGAUAAUCACCUACUCGUCUGCCAUUCCUAAUGUUUGAUUUAAUUCAGCAGUUAUAACCUACUUGUUUUGCAUCUCUGGCUCUUACCUGUGCAGGCUGCAGUAAGCUGCCAGCUUCAAAUCAACAAGUGCACCAUGUGGGUGGGGGGGGGGGGGGUGAACCCCCAAGGGACCAAACAGCCACUUUUAAUGUUUGUUUCAUUUUAAUUUUGCUGUUGCAGUGUGUCGGCUUCCUGUUGUCUGGGACCAUUUAGAUGAAUAAUCCCAAACUACACACGCUUAUCAGUUGUACUGCUUGAACUAAAUUCACAUGUUAAAUUUUAUUUGGUGACACAGAAAUGGGUGUUGUUGAAUAUUUCAGAUGAGGUUUGUAUUUGGUGUGUGUGUGUGUGUGUGUGUGUGUGUGUGUGUGUGUGUGUGUGUGUGUGUGUGUGUGUGUGUGUGUGUGUGUGUGUGUGUGUGUGUGUGUGUGUGUGUGUGUGUGUGUGAGAGAGAGAGACAGGGGUGCUGAAUAUUGUCUCAGGGCGGUAACAGUUAGUGUGUGCACAUGUGAUUAUAGCACACAUAAGCAUAUUAUUACCUUCACCAGGGUGGCUGUGGGUUGAUGGUUGUCUCUUGCUUUGUUUGGUUUUUGGAAGAUUGAGGAGGGAAAAAACUUGUAACAGCUCUUGCUGGAAAUGUUUAUUUUGUAAUAGAAGCAACCCAACUAUCCAAAGCUUAAUAUUAUAGUGUUUAUGUGAGUAUUUGUUUCAUAUUUGCAUGUCAACAUCCAAAUUUUUAUCCCCCUCCCCCCCAGUAAGUGAAUUUGUGUUUAUGGUCAAAAUAUUCCGACAGUAAAGAGAUACCGUACUUGUAUUUCAUUUGCUUUUUGUCUGACUCACAUGAGAAGUGAAAAGCACCGGCUUAACUUGAACCAUAAUUUUGCUUGUUUGUCUGGUGGAAGCUGUACUUCUCUACUGAAAUUUAAAUAAUUGUUAUAAAUUUGGCUUGGACAAAGUAAUAAAGUUUGCACAGAAUACUUGCAGAUGAUUUUGUAGUUGGAAGGCCUGUUGGUGAAUGUGCACAGAGACAGAGAUCAGACAUCAUCCUGCAGUGCUGGAAAUUCUCACACGUUAGCAGACACAGGAAGAGAAAAUCAAAACCCACAGAGGAAUCAAUUUAUCUUGCUGAGUAUUUUCUUUUUUUUAAUGGUUGCACACAGUGAAAAUUACAUUUCUGAAAUAGAAACAAGGCAUCAUCAGAUAAUGCUGCAGGCAGGGUACCAGUCAUCCAUUCAUUACAACACAGACAGCCAGGAUGUGCCAAUUGAUCCGUCGCAUUCAUCCUCCCAUACCGGGCACAGAUGAUGUUUCAUUUUUGUGCAGCGUUUCUAAACCCCUUUAUGUGUGUCCUUUUUUAAACGUUUCUCCUUCAUGGAAUAAGAGUCGCAAAACACAACAUGCCAUAUUGCCGUUCAGUUUAAAUGUUUCUCUUAAAGUGUCACACAGCAUCCUAACCAUGUCGUACAGUAAGUCCAUUGCAUUUGAUUAAAACAUUUUAAAGAGAAAAUAAUGCAAAUAUACUCCAGUGAGCGCCCCCCCCCCCCCCCCCCCCCUCAAUUAUUUUACUCUAAGCGUGCAAGGUAAAUAACUUUUUGGGGGAAUAUUUCUGAAUAAAAUCACCCUGAUCUCAUGGUCCUUUACUAAUGACCAGUAAAAAAAAAAAGAAAAGAAAAGUUCGGUAACCACUACUAAAAAGCAGAGUUCUGUCAUUUUCUUUUAAAUGUGAAUGGAGUGCAAUUUAUUUUCACAUAAUACAUUGUCACUAUAUUCUCAGCAUGAUGUGCACAAAUGUGAGUCUGCAUCCUUGUAUAUCUUUGAGCUUUUCAAAAAGAUGCUUCAAACCAUUGUCAGAAAAUGGCAUUUUAAAGAUUUCAAAUGUCUGUUAUAUACCUCAUGGAGUCUGGAUUUUCAAAUGCAGUGCUGUUUUUUCCCCCCUGUACUUUAAUUAAAAUAAAAAAGGUAUUGCCUUUACUCUGUUCAAAGAGCAGGAUGUAUACUUGUAUAAACUUGAAAUAUAUACUCAGUCACAUGAGCUGUGUUCUGGUUUUUUCAGUAGAAAACCAGAGUUAAAAUUUAAAAUAUUCCAUUGGAUGGUGCUUCACAAAUGCACUGUGUUGAAUGUUGCCUUAUUUAAAGACAUCAAAUAGAUUAUAAUGAAGUAUAAUCCCAUGCUUCUGAAUUUGUUUUCCCAAUCCAAUUUGAAUCAGACUUUAGGGAUCACUUUGUCAUUAUAUAAUAAAAUUAAACAAAAUAUGGAAAAACUGCAUUCUAAGACCAAUCUGCUGUUUUGUUUGAUUCAUAUCAAAUGGAGUGUAUGAUUAAAUCAAACUACAUUAUGCUCUAGAAGUCAUCUUGUGAGUGCAAAUGAUUUUAGUGCUGAUUAGUAGAUAACAUUAGUUUUUGUUUUUUGUUUUUUUUCCUCUUUGUAUAUGUCUGUCACACCUGUCAUUAUUUGGGGUGACAUACCAAAUAUUCCUUAAAUCCGCUUUUCUUUUUCUUUUCUUUUUUUUUUUUUUAAGGCUCAAGUAGUUUGGAACAUCUGCAGUGAUUUUCUGCAUAAACUGAAUGAAGCACUCCUACACAAAGAAAAUCUUCAAACGUGGAUAUAAGUAAAUAUGGAAAACAAUGUUAAAUUAGUCUAAAAGUGAAUUUAAAAUUACACUUAAGGGACUAAAUCUACAUAAACAGGACUUGUGUAAUUACACGCUGUUCACUUUGGUGGAAAUGUGGGUAAAAUGUAGAAAUAAAAUACUGGUGUGACGUCUACUUGAGGAAUUGUAAGCCAUACACAAGAGUGUCCAUCAGGGGGAGCUACUUGUAACCUUUGACACUGUUUCUAUAACCCUACCUAUGUGAAAUUGUAAAUUAUCAGUGUUUUAACACAUUCCAUAAUGUGACACAAACCUAUGUAUUUAAUCAUUUGUUUGAAUAUUGGCUGUGCUUUACUUGUAUCUUUCUUCUCCCUCAUUCUCUAUUUUCUUUACUGUGGGAGUGAAUUAUGUAUAGAAGUUUAUUCAGGUGAAAAUAUUCAUGAAAAUAAAACUUUCUUGCCAUGUA